ACAGCGCAGUAUUCUGCCUCCUUGGUCUGCAACUCCCAGUGCGCCGGGCUGCGCUGCGCUGCGGCUGGCUGGCGACGCGCUCUCAGCCAGCGCUCCGCUUUGAAAUCUCCCCCUCCUUUUUUUUUUUUUUUCAACCAGGUAUGAUGAUGUCAAACGUGAUGCCGAUGCUACAGUUACAGACACAGCCCCUGCUGGCGCAGCCUCUCUGAUUCCCUCUGCCUCUCGGCGGCCGGCGCUGAGCAUUUGCAGACGAGUGCAUCUCCUAACCAGGUCACAUUUCAGCCGCGACCCCCCACCGCCAGGCACCCGAGCAGAGCGCCGGAGGAGGGCGGGCGGGGACCGCGGCAGCGCAGCGCGCUUGGCCAGCAGCGGGGUGGCAGGAAGGACAUUACAUCCUGCAGAAGUCAAGACCCCCCGGUCCGGCCCUGACCACGAUGCGCGCCCCGGGCUGCGGGCGCCUGGCGCUGCCGCUGCUGCUGCUGGCCGCUGCCGCCCUGGCCGAAGGCGACGCCAAAGGGCUCAAGGAGGGCGAGACCCCCGGCAAUUUCAUGGAGGACGAGCAAUGGCUGUCGUCCAUCUCGCAGUACAGCGGCAAGAUCAAGCACUGGAACCGCUUCCGAGACGAGGUGGAGGAUGACUACAUCAAGAUCUGGGAGGACAAUCAGCAAGGAGACGAAGCCCUGGACACCACCAAGGACCCCUGCCAGAAGGUGAAGUGCAGCCGCCACAAGGUGUGCAUCGCCCAGGGCUACCAGCGGGCCAUGUGCAUCAGCCGCAAGAAGCUGGAGCACAGGAUCAAGCAGCCCACCCUGAAACUCCAUGGGAACAAGGACUCCAUCUGCAAACCCUGCCACAUGGCCCAGCUGGCCUCGGUCUGCGGCUCUGAUGGCCACACAUACAGCUCAGUGUGUAAGCUGGAGCAGCAGGCCUGCCUCAGCAACAAGCAGUUGACAGUGAGAUGCCAGGGCCCCUGCCCCUGCCCCACGGAGCAGGCUGCUGCCUCCACCACUGACGGCAAGUCAGACACCUGUACGGGCCAGGACCUGGCCGACCUGGGCGAUCGGCUGCGGGACUGGUUCCAGCUCCUUCAUGAGAACUCCAAGCAGAAUGGCUCUGCCAGCAGCGCUGCCAGCCCGGCCAGAGGGCUGGACAAGAGCCUGGGGGCCAGCUGCAAGGACGCCAUCGGCUGGAUGUUCUCCAAGCUGGACACCAGUGCCGACCUCUUCCUAGACCAGACCGAGCUGGCCACCAUCAACCUGGACAAGUAUGAGGUCUGCAUCCGCCCCUUCUUCAACUCCUGCGACACCUACAAGGACGGCCGCGUCUCCACCGCCGAGUGGUGCUUCUGCUUCUGGAGGGAGAAGCCCCCCUGCCUGGCCGAGCUGGAGCGCAUCCAGAUCCAGGAAGCUGUCAAGAAGAAGCCAGGCAUCUUCAUCCCGAGUUGUGACGAGGAUGGCUACUACCGAAAGAUGCAGUGUGACCAGAGCAGCGGCGACUGCUGGUGUGUGGACCAGCUCGGCCUGGAGCUGACUGGCACCCGCACGCGUGGAAGCCCUGACUGUGAUGACAUCGUGGGUUUCUCAGGGGACUUUGGGAGUGGUGUCGGCUGGGAGGAUGAGGAGGAGAAGGAGACGGAAGAAGCAGGCGAGGAGGCGGAGGAGGAAGAGGGCGAGGCGGGUGAGGCCGACGACGGAGGCUACAUCUGGUAGAUGGUCCUGGGGGCUGUGGCAGGCCAGGGUGCCGUGGCCAGCAGAAACCUGGACAGCAGCGGGCAGCUUAGCGAAUGGAUCCGGAAGUUAGCCGGAGGCACCCUGGCUCCGGUGGUAGGAUCUGAAGUGUGGGUGCGUGGCUCCGUGUUGCACAUGUGGCUGGGACUAGUGAGUGUGUGUGUGUGUGUGUGUGUGUGUGUGUGUGUGUGGCAUGCACUGACAAAUGUGUCCACACCAGUCCUGGCAGAGUGAGUCACCCAAAGGCCCGAUUAGCUACCUUGUCUUUGUUUUCUUUCCAUUCCUCCUUGGUUUAAAAAUGCAUAUUCUCACACCCACAGGUCAAAACCCAAUGAAAUAAGAUGCCCCAGUCCUGCCCUACCCACCCCACCCACCUUACCCCAAUCUCCUGGGGUCCCCACCAGCUGUGCCUCCUCCCGCCCCUGCCUGCCCUUCAGGGGCCCCAGCGGGGAGGGCAGGAGUCUUGCAGCUGUAGAGCUUCCCAAAGUCACAUAGAUUUGGUGUGAAGCCCUCACCGGCAGUGAUAAGCCUUGUCCCUCUGCUGAGCACCCGCCCCAAGCACUGGAGAAAGUCCCUGAAGCCUGGCUGGAGUGACCAGAGAGGCAGGAGGAAGGAGCACCCUGCCAGACUGGCCAGGUCCUUCCCACUUCAGGGGUGGAGCAGUGGGGAGCAGGGGCAGCUCAGAGAGAGGGCAGGUUCCAGACAGUGUCUUAGGAGUGGCCAUGGGACAGCCUCGAGCUCCAGGCCGGCUCCCCCUGCAGGUCUCCUGUGGGCUGUCUUGGAGCCUGGAGCUGGGGUAAUGCAAUGGAGCCCUGCCUGACUCUCCCGUGGAGAGUUUGUGAGGGGUGCCCUCCUGCUCCUCCCCAGGAGCUUGAGGAUCAGGAGCAGCAGAUGUGUACCCACUGCCUCCCUGACCCCCUAAAUAAAUGUUCCUUCCUGCCUGGGCCAAUAGGCAUCCGUGUCCCUGGGACCCUGUGAAGGAGGCACAGUUGGGAGGUGGGGUCUCCCUGCUGCCCGGGACUGUGAUCCUCCCCUUCACUGCCGUGAGGAGCAACUCCAUGGGCCAUCCCAGCCCUUCUCCUCUGGCCCCUGGGGUUCCUGCUGUCCCCAAGUGUCCUGCAGGGCUACCCAAACUCUAUUCUGAAGCCCUGCAGUGUGGGAACAUCAGUGACAAAGCAGCCCCGAGGCCACGCCACACCGUCCCCCUCUGACCUGGUAGGAGGUCAUCUUACCCACAUGAGAAGUGUGGUAAGAUGUGGCUUACCCUGUGGCUUUUCAUCUGUGUUUUCUUCAAUUUGUCCAGUUCUCCCUGCCAAAGCAAAUUCUUUAACACCUUUGGUGAAGCAUUUCUUACCUGGUCGUGGGCCUCUGGAGAGUGCAGUGUGCUUGUGUGUGUUUGAAUGGGUACGCAUGGGUGUGUAUGGGUGUGCGUGCAUGUGUGUGUGCGUGUGUGGACCUGGGGCCAUCACGGUGGCCUGGGAGAGCUACAGGGGUAGAUGCCCUGCAUGGGGUCCGUGUAGCCUGGCUCUCCCAGCAUCCACUGAGCCUGAGCGCUGUUGGACGUUGAGAAGGAGCCUCGCCCAUUCACCCUCUCUCCACCCUGGAAUCUGCAUCUCCUGGGCCCUCUGGGGGAAAUAACAAAAUUCCACUUAGCCCCAUAAAGUGCUUCUCAUCCCGCAGCACAGUUCUGAUUGUUGAGGUGUCGCGCUAUUCCAGACCCCUGGCCCUGUUGUCCGCCCCUGCCCUUCCUCUGGUCCCCUGGUCAGUCACAUCCGCCCUCUGCUCUCCAGAGGCAGCUGCUUCUCUGACUCAGAGCUACUUGAAGUUUCCUGCUUUCGCUAGGAUGUCCCAGGGCGACUUCUGACACUGUCCUGAGGCAGCCGUGAAGGAUACCCAGCCCCCUGGGGUGGGAGGGCCUCUUCCUUCUCCCACUGUCGCCCUCCUCUUCUGGGGGCUGUGCUCUCUGUCUCUGGGUCUUCUGGUUGUGCACGUUUCUCUGAACUUGUAAAUAUGUUUUAGGAAGAAAGCAAAAGGCAUUGAACUAGCCCCCAGUGGGCCUGCAGGGGCCCGGUCUUGCCCUGUCUCUAGCUCCCACUGCUUUGCACCCCACCGAGGCAGCCCCCGCAAAGGCAGAUGAAAGCAGCUGUUCCUAAGGCUGAAGGGUUCGGGUGACUUCUUGUUAGGCAAGCUUAAGUUUCUCACGGCAAGAAUGCAGGCCCCCCACCCCCACCCCGUGGACUCAUGCCCUUGACCCAGCUGCUGUCCCAGCCCCUGCCAGCCGCUCUACCCAGUGUGCUUGCCCCUUCCUGCCCUCCAUUCCUGGGCGUGGGCAGCAGGGGCUGUGGAGCAGCACUGAAAAGAGUUCGACCAAACUGUACAAGAACCAUGACUUGCCUGGCCCCAGGCCUCCUUGGUGCAUGGAUGCUGGAAAAAUGGGGAAGGUUGGGAGUGGAGACAAUUAAUGUGCCUUGAGAGACCACUCAGAGGGUCUGAAGGUGAUGGAGAAGGGGUGUGGUCGGGGAGCCCAGGAAGCAAGCUGCUCUAAGGAGAGGGAGACAGGGCGUCCUGACUGCCCCCUGCUGGCGGUGUGACCACACAAGGUGGUGGCCAUGCUUCUAUUUGCUCCAGUCUGCCUGAUAUGCUGUAGCACAGGCCACCCAUUAACCCUUUUGAGAACUCUGUCUGCUUCCAGCUUCACCUCAGAGUGUGUGGGGUCCAUUGGUACCAAUGCCAGAACCCUCCAUUUCACCAAAGCCUGAGCCCUCAGCUCCUCGGGGAGGACAAGUGGCCAGUCGUUGACACCCCAGGGUCACCGUGGGGUUGUGGGCUGGUGGGGGUCCCAGAGAAGGGACACUGGGGGAGCAAAAGGAGACUGGAGACAACCCAAGGAAGUCCCAAGCGGAGCCAACUGCUUUAUACCCUGCAGCCUACUCAAACCGUGUGAUGUGCAAUAACUGAGCUUAGAGUUAAGAAUUGUGUUCAAGUGCUUGGGUUCUGUCUGUAGAUUUAAGUGCUGAAAUUGUAUCUCUCAGUAAUUUUAGAUGUCUUUUUAAAACAAUCAAGAAACAAAGUGUUAGACCUGUGUGUGCAUUGAUGGGCACUCAAGCGUCCCUGGAUCACCCCACACUGUCCUUCUUCUGCACCCCUUUCCCUCACACCCUCACCUCCCCUGCCCCGCACCUCCACUGGGGACCCCGCCUUGUGUCGUCUUUAUCUGCCUAUUAGUCAGCCUAAGGAAACAAGUACACUCCACACAUGCAUAAAGGAAAUCAAAUGUUAUUUUUAAGAAAAUGGAAAAUAAAAACUUUAUAAACCA